UAACUCUCAGUAAAGCGGCUUGACUGGAAGUGGUCUCCAAUUAUUUUGUUUAUUUUCUGUCGUUUUUGUUUUUUGCAAUUUUUUAUGUCAGCUGAAGCUUUAAACGCACAAGAAUGAUUCGCAACGAAGAUAGCAAAAAGGAUCGCUACGCCAAACUGUCAUUCCUGGGUGAGGGUCAGUUUGCCAUUGUGUACAAGGCUCGUGAUAUGGUGACAAGUCAAAUCGUGGCCGUGAAGAAGAUCAAGAAGGGCAGCCGUGAAGAUGCACGCGAUGGCAUCAAUCGUACAGCUUUGCGUGAAAUUAAAAUUUUGCAAGAAUUGCAACAUGAGAAUAUCAUUGGCCUGGUCGAUGUCUUUGGUCAAUUGUCCAAUGUGUCGCUGGUAUUUGACUUUAUGGACACCGAUCUGGAGGUUAUCAUCAAGGAUACCAAAAUCAUCUUGACCCAGGCAAAUAUUAAGGCCUAUGCCAUAAUGACAUUGCGUGGUCUGGAGUACUUGCAUCACAAUUGGAUACUCCAUCGCGAUCUGAAGCCAAAUAAUUUGCUCGUCAAUAGCGAUGGCGUGCUCAAAAUAGGUGAUUUUGGCUUGGCCAAAGUGUAUGGAUCGCCAAAUCGUAUUUACACCCAUCAUGUGGUCACACGUUGGUAUCGAUGCCCCGAGCUAUUGUUUGGCGCCCGUCAAUAUGGCACUGGCGUCGAUAUGUGGGCAGUUGGCUGCAUUCUGGCCGAGCUUAUGUUGCGUGUCCCUUUCAUGCCGGGCGAUUCAGACUUGGAUCAGUUGACUCGCAUAUUUGCCACCCUGGGAACACCCACUGAAGCCGAUUGGCCCCACAUUGGCAAGCUUCAUGACUAUCUUCAGUUUAGGAACUUCCCUGGGAACCCAUUGCAAAAUAUCUUCACGGCAGCUGGCAACGACAUGCUAUUGCUAAUGCGUCGUCUCUUUGCAAUGAAUCCCCUCAAGCGUUGUUCCUGCCGUGAGGCAUUGAGUAUGCCCUAUUUUUCUAAUAAGCCAGCACCAACCGUUGGCCUGAAAUUGCCCAUGCCAUCGGCCAUAAUGGCCGCCAAGGAGAGUGCCCAGGCCCAGACUGAGGGGGCCGAAAAGCCGGCUGCUCAAAAGCGUAAACUUGUCGAAACGACAGUGCGAGGCAACAUCUUGCCGCAAAAAAAGAGGCUGCAGUUCUGAAUUGUAUUCAGACUUUAAAUAUCAUAUAUAUAUAUAUAUAGUUGCUUAACACUUUACUUGUCAAUGAGACAAAGAAGAAAAAUGUCCGCUUUUGUCUGUGUCCCUUAUCCGCUGGUUUCUACCCUUAACUAAACCCUCAGGUCGUCGAAAGAAUCGUCUAGAUCUAGGAAAAGCAUUAAAAAGCAGUAAAGUGUUUCUUAAAAACUUUGGUAAAAUCAAAGUUCGCUCAGACCCUUAUUGAGUUCCAGAUAGGUACUUAGUUAUUUACUUAAUCUUAAUCUUUAAAAUAGUUUGUAAUUUUGCCAAAUGUCACCUAAGAAUUGCGAGAGCAUAAUCUGUUAAAGCUAUAAAUAUAAUGAGAGAGACAGAGACAGAGCAAGCAUAA